AUGGUCGCCCGAUAUUCAAACAAGGCUCCUUGCCUGGUGGUCGCCAUACGCCGGUGGCCUAGUCUAGUAGCCGUUUUGAGCUCUAGUGGCAUUCGUUUGCGGGCGUCAACGAGCUAUAGGCUGCCAAAUACCAAGAUUGGACCUUGCAUUUCCAGGAACGAACAACACGUUAAACUUGACGGGAGAUUGGGAAUCGACUAUCCCAAGGCUUCUGCGGCUGAUGAGCUAACAUGCCGUGGACUCCCGUCUGACGAACGGGCGUUUGCACAGUACCAUAUGUAUCACAUAGCCGACGGCAGUGGCCAGGAGCCCGGCAGCGGACUUGACUGCUUGUCAACAUUCGAUUUCCCGCCGUCUGGACAGGAGACCCUGGCCAGCUACCUAGUACCUGCCAUUCUGGGGAAGCAACCUCGCUUUCACGGGCGGGCAGUUCACAGGGCGGACAGUUCCCUCACACACCCAAGUCAAGGGAACCUCUCGAGCACACACAGACACCGACAUGACACGGCCUCGCGGGGGGGAUUCAAGGGUACCAUAGUGAGCAAGGCCAUUGACGAGAAGUAA